AUGGAAAACUUUACGUCCCCUCGAACAUUAUAAUAAUAUAGAUAUAGCGAAGAACAUAUGUAACAUGGUAGGUAUAUUGUUGAUGUAUGUGUUGGUUUGUACAAGUAGGGUCGAAAUCGAUAAACGAAUAUACGAACGAAAGUUCACAAAUAAAUACAAACUUUUCGUGUAUACAUUUUAUACUCUCCAAUAUCGUGUCGAACCGAAACACUCGUUUAACUUAUCUUCACUCUCAUAAAAGUCGUAUAACAUUUGGUAUUAUUUCUGUUAAACCUAUUUAUGAUUUUGAAAAUGUCUUAUAUUUUCUGGUUUGAUUUUAUUAAAAGCAAUAACCAUGGGAAUCAUUUAAUACACUAUAUAAUAUAUAAUACGUAUAGCAUCGUAAACAUUCGACAUUCAGUGAUACAUUUUAUGCGAAUCUUAUUGAUAAUAGUAUACAAAUAUUUUAAACGCUCCGGCUAGACUAUUUGAGAACAACAAUAAACAUUGUUUUUUAUUAUGGCUGGAAAUGAUUCUACGACCUGCAAAUUGUAAAUUUUCUAUUUUAAAUAAAAAAAAAAGUCUAAAAUACAAAUAUCCUGCAACCCAAUUAGUAGAAUGACUGAAGAAGUUAUAAAUUAUUUUGAAAAAACUGGCGUUAUUGCUAAAGUAACUGAUGUUUUAAAGCUAUUGUACGAAAUGGAUGAAAAACCGGUUGAUCCUUUCGAAUUUAUUCGUACGAAUAUGACCGAAAUUAUUCCAGAAAAGGUAGAGUUAACAAAGUUAGAAGAAGAGUAUAAUACCGUAAUACAAGAGAUUGCCAUACUACAACAAGAUAUAAUAAAUAUGACAAACAGACUAAAGGAAUUAGAAACAAAUGAAAGUGAUUAUAAUAUCGUAGAAAUGAAUUCCAAAGAAAAUACUAUUCUUGGUUUAAGCAAUAAUGAUAUGAAAAUGCAUGGAAAUGCUGAAAAAGAUAAUGAAAAAUAGACUUAAUUUUUAUUAUUUUUUUUUAUCUUUUAUGAUUGCCUAAUGUUUUUAAAUAACGAUUCGAUAAAAUAUACAAUUAAAAAAAUA